AAUCACGAUUUUAAUUUUUGUUUGACCUAUGCCCCCAACACCUCCGUUGAAUUGAAAUGAUUGUUUUUUUCUGCGCUGUGCCUACAUGAAAACUUAAGUUAUAUCUGGCAAUCAUGUUGGCACCGAUUUGGUGAAAAUCAAACGUACCAUUCUUGCGAUGCUACCACUUUAGGCCUACCGAAACAGGUCAGCUAAAUUUCAAACACAUCAGACAUCAAACAGUUAUGACUUCAUAUACGGGUGGAACUCCCAACUCCCGAACCUACAUGGAUGUUCCAGUUAUGUCUGGCAAUCAUGUUGGAACUAACUUGGUGAAACAGAUCAGACAUUGGACAAUUAUGACUUCAUAUAGGGGCGAAACCCCAACUCCCGAACCUACAUGGAUGUUCCAGUUAUGUCUGGCAAUCAUGUUGGAACUAACUUGGUGAAACAGAUCAGACAUUGGACAAUUUUGACUUCAUAUAGGGGCGGAACCCCAACUCCCGACCGUGAGAUAGUACGAAAAAGCCAGCCUCUUAGAGGUUAUAAUAUGAACACGUCAUUUGCAGCGAUAAACAUAUUUGGUUUGCUCUCGGUUUGGUUUGGACAAGAAAAAUCGGUGUCACGUAUAAACACAAACACAUGAGGUGGUACCACUUGGUACAGCUAAAAAGCCUCACACAGAAGUCACAAGACUCGAACAGACAGUCAAAGUCCUCACUGGAUUCAAAGUAUACUUUCGUUUCUGAAGAGUUAAACCCACAACUUAAGAAAAAAGUACAGGGAAAAAGCUGUUUUUAUUUGGAUUUCCUGUUUCAUUUUCAUUUUAUGAGGGGGAUGAGUAUACGCACUGAGAAUUGUCACGUGCGCGCGAUAGGGUCAAUUGCAUCAGGUUAAACUCUAUAAACAACUCCAUGUCUAGCACAAGACUGGGAACUCUUUGGUCAAGGUGAAGCACUUGAUCAUAGUACAACAACCAUAACCCCCAAAUAUGUACUGUCUCAUUGACCCAGAAACCACGUGUAUAGUCACGCACACCAUGCAGGACCUAAUAAUAAUCAUCGUGUGAUCGUUUACUUACCCCCUUCUUCACAGUUGGCUUCGCUCUGAUGUCGUCUUGAAUUUCAAACCUUCUCCAACUUGGUCAUUCUUCCCUAUUGUGUUAUUGGUAAACAGUCAAAAUGGAUAAAUCAUUGCUGCUUCUGCUGCUGGUUGCCGUGGCAACAAGCUAUGCUCAGAAAAAGUGUUGCUUUCCUAACCAGUUUGAGGGUAGUGUGGGCACACUGACCGGAACAGUUAUGGGAGGCCAAGGCUCAGUCACAAAUGCAGUUCAUCAAUACGCGUUCGACUACACUAACAAGCGUUUGGCUACAAUCGCUUACAAAGAAAACAUGGGACAGCAAACCAAAUACCAGAACAUCUUUGACUACAAUAAGGAAAUUGAAUAUGAAAUUCAAAUCUUACCUCAAAUUUCUGUCUGCCUCGUCCAUCAUCUGCCUCCGGGGACCAAUAUGACACACAGCAUUCCUGAUAGUGCAGCCUAUUUGGGCUCAAGUUACUAUGGUAACCAUCAGUUGAACGUGGAUAUUUUCCAGUAUUACCAGCCCAAGGGAGACUUCGUAGGCAACGUUACCAUAACUGUUUCCCAGGAAGAAUGUGUGCCCAUCAGCCUUGUCCAGCAGGGACAAAAUAAUAAUGGUAUGUAA